GCCGCCAAGAAGGGGGUGGGGAUGCUGUUCAAUGCCACCAAGACUGGAUUCGCGGCGCUCUCUCAGGGCAUCCAUAUGGUGCGCAAGGGCUACGCCGAUAAGCACGAGACCGGCGUGCUCGAGGAUCUUCGCAAGACUGGGAAAUCGCCCGUGGAGCAUUUGUUUGACGCGUUGAGGAGAGUGUACUACCUUUACCUGGCCGGAUACAAGAACGAGCUUGCUGCCGCUGGUCGCUACACGGGAAAGAGAAUGAUUGAUAUAGAGCGCAGCAGCAUUCCACUCGACGCCGUUCUAGUCAUGAGCCAGUCAGUGUGCUCCGAGGCGCUCAAGUUUGGCGACUUCGAGAAAGGCAUUUUUACGCGGAGCAUUCAAGACUAUAGGAACAAGUCAAGGAUGGGAAAAGAUCACUAUGACCGAGACACUCUCAUCCAUGACGUCUACUAUUCUCUCCUCUUGGCAUCUGAGGCCUGUGGAUCGGACUGGAGCGAGCUAGAACAGAUGUACAGAGAGGCUGUAACGCGAGUAGUAGACCAUGCCGAGAGGACAACAGACCCGACCCUUGCAGACGUUGUGGAGACAAGGAAAACAAAAGCAGCCAAGACGCUGUUUAGAUUCAUGACUGAGAUCAAGAACCUGGCACAAGAAGCCGAGCGCGAGAGGGAAAAGGCAGUCAAGGCUGCGGAGGACACAAUGAAACUGGAGGAGGAGAGAUUGAAGAAGAUAAAUGCUGGAGAAAGGCCUCCUUAACAGUGGCAGCGGCUACCACUAUAGUACACUACAGGUUCCCAAGCAAAUAGUUUCUCAUGCUUUCUAGGAACAUUAUGGCAUCUCCAUUUCUUAUUGCAUACAAGGCGUGCCACUUCCAUAUUAUUUCAAGGCGGCUCUGGAAUUCUCAAGCCCCGGUUUCAUGAGCGUGAAGGCCUGCGCGGUGUCACUGUGGGUGAUCGGAGUUCCAAUGCCGGUGUAGAGAACCAAGUUGCCAUCAUCCAUCACCACGAGUUUGGCGUUGUUAUUGGCGGGGCGGGGCUUGUUGCUGCUCCAGAUCUGAGUGUCAUACUGGUUGUAAACCACAAAGACUUCGAAGCCCGCAUAGAGGCAUUAAAACCCA